AAUAUUUAUUUGUAAGUUUCGUGUGUUAGUUGCAGAAAUAUUUCGUUGGAGUCCUUGGAUUUAACAUUAAAUUAUUAUGUACCUAUUGUGUGCUGCCGUUUUCCUUACCUGCUUAUAUGUAUGUACGGAGAUCUACGCAUGGCGAGCUAGAAAAAACUACGGACAUCUAACAAGCUUCAGCAGCUUACCAAUUAUUGGACACGUACAUAAAAUUUACGGAGGAGAUGGCAAAGUUCUAUUUAAGAUGUUAAAGGAAACGUCACAGCUGAGAAAAGCAAACAAUACUACAACGGCUGUUUUCUGGCUGGGACCUGUUGCUAUUGUCGUGCUAAGCAGUCCCGAAGAAGCAAAAGUGUUCGCAAAUACAUGUGUUGAAAAGGCGUAUUUUUAUGAUUUUAGCAAAAAGUGGCUUGGACAGGGCAUACUCACUGUUCCAGGGCCAACAUGGAAGAAAAAUAUAAAAAAGAUUGGCAACACAUUCACUGCACCUGUAGUUGCCGAGUUCCAGGGAAUUUUCAACGAAACAUCCAGAUCCAUGGUGAAGGAAUUAAACGAUUUGGUGGGUAAACCACCAUCCGACAUCAUGACACUUUGUGCGCUGACAACGAUUAAAGCUAUUUGUCAAGCCGCGCUUGGUGUAUCCAUUACGACAGAUACUGAGGGUGGACGUGAAUAUUAUCACGCCUUCGAGCGAACUUUACAAAUAUUCAUUGAAAGGGGAUUCAAUGUGUUCCUUUAUCUUGACUUUAUAUUUCGUAUUACACCAAGGUAUAAAGAAUUAGAGAAGCAUAUAGGAGUAUUGAACAAUUUUUGCGAUUAUGUGAUAAAGACAACUAAGGAGAAUAGAGAGAACAUGAAAAAGUCAAAUGGCGGUACCACUAACAAUGUAGCAGAUAAACCGGGCUUCAAGUCAUAUAUUGACAUUCUGCUUGAUCUAGAAGAAACAGAUGCAAGCUUUACAGAGGAACGGAUGCGUGGAGAAGUAAAUACAAUUAUAGUUGCCGGCCAAGAGACAGUAGCCACCACGUUGUUCUUUUGUUUCCUAACGUUAGGAGAUCAUAAAGACGUGCAAGAAAAAAUGGUAAAAGAAAUAAAACAAGUAAUGGGUGAAGAGAAGUGCGAUGUCACAAAAGAACACUUGUCAAUGAUGCCGUAUUGUGAGGCUGUAAUAAAUGAAACCAUGCGGCUAUAUCCUGCAGCUCCUGGCGUUAUGCGAUACGCAGACCGUGACGUUAAACUUGACUCGUGUACCAUCAUAAAAGGGACAAAUGUGGCCUUAGAUUUCUGGAGUAUGGGUAGAAGUGAGAAAGAGUGGGGUCAAGAUGCGCUAGAGUUUAAGCCGGAGCGGUGGUUACCACCAAAUCCACCCAGGUCUACGCCAGUAGCUUUCAGCUUGGGGAAAAGAGCUUGCAUAGGAAAAAAAUAUGCGAUUCCAGUGUUAAAGACGAUCCUGAUUCACUGCAUUCGUGAUUAUGAGAUCAUAGCUGAACCAAAUGAGAAUUUAGAGUUCAAAGUGGAUAUUGCCUUAAGAACAAUAAGUGGUCAUUUGAUACAAGUGAAGCGACGACAAUAAUAUUAAAAUUAAUAUAGUAAGAGUUGAUUUGAUUAAAAAA